ACGUCAGCGCACGUCAGGGCCGAGCCCCUCGCCCUCCCUCCGCCGCGGGUUCCGCUGUCCCGCCGCUCCUGCUCCCCGCGUCCCGCCUUGGGCUCCCGCAGCCGCCGCCCCAGCCCGGCCCGGCUCCCGACCCCGCUCCGCUCCCCCACAGCCGCGCAGCGCGAAGAUGGCGGCGUUCAAAUUCCUCCUGCCGCCCCUCGGCCGCCGCAUCCUCCUGCCCGCCGCGCGCAGGGCUGAGAUCUGUGGAUGCUAUUUUUCCACCAGCUGUCAUCGCAACACCAAAUUUUACACGGAUCCUGUUGAAGCUGUAAAAGAUAUACCCAAUGGGGCAACUAUACUUGUUGGUGGUUUUGGAUUGUGUGGGAUUCCUGAAAACCUCAUUGGGGGUUUACUGAAGACUGGGGUAAAGGGAAUAACAGCAGUCAGUAACAAUGCAGGUAAGGAAAACAUCACGGGUACACUUGCUGAACGUAUUAGAGCAGGAGGAGCAGGAAUCCCAGCAUUUUACACCAGUACUGGCUAUGGGACACUGGUGCAGGAAGGAGGUGCACCCAUCAAGUACAACACAGAUGGCACCAUUGCCAUUGCCAGCCAGCCAAGAGAGGUGAGGGAGUUUGAUGGUCGUCACUUUAUUCUAGAGAAAUCUAUUACAGGAGAUUUUGCUCUUGUGAAGGCAUGGAAGGCUGAUCGUGCAGGAAACAUAAUUUUCAGGAAAACUGCAAGAAACUUCAACCAACCUAUGUGCAAAGCUGCAAAAACAACUGUAGUAGAGGUAGAAGAAAUUGUUGAUAUAGGAGCAUUUGCCCCAGAAGACAUUCAUGUUCCCAAAAUCUAUGUUGAUCGUCUGUUACAAGGAGAGAAGUUUGAGAAAAGAAUUGAGCGCUUAUCAAUCCGAAAGCCUGAAGACUCAACAGCCAAACAAAAAAAAGGAGACAAUGUGAGAGAGAGGAUCAUCAAACGGGCUGCAUUAGAGUUUGAGGAUGGCAUGUAUGCUAAUCUGGGUAUUGGAAUCCCACUGUUGGCCAGUAACUUCAUCAGUCCAGACAUAACUGUUCACUUACAGAGUGAAAAUGGAGUCCUGGGUUUGGGUCCUUAUCCACUUGAAAAUGAAGUAGAUCCAGAUCUGAUUAAUGCAGGUAAGGAGACAGUCACUGUUCUUCCAGGUUCUUCCUAUUUCUCUAGCGAUGAAUCAUUUGCAAUGAUAAGAGGAGGCCAUGUUGAUUUGACAAUGCUUGGAGCUAUGCAGGUGUCUAAGUACGGUGACCUAGCCAACUGGAUGAUUCCUGGUAAGAUGGUGAAAGGAAUGGGGGGUGCAAUGGACCUGGUAUCUAGUGCACAGACCAAAGUGGUUGUCACCAUGGAGCACUCAGCCAAGGGAAAUGUCCAUAAAAUCCUGGAAAAAUGCAGUUUACCACUUACUGGGAAACAAUGUGUUGACCGCAUCAUUACAGAAAAGGCAGUGUUUGAUGUGGACAAGAAGAAGGGAUUGACCCUCAUAGAAAUCUGGGAAGGACUGACAGUAGAUGAUAUCAAGAAAAGCACUGGCUGUGACUUCGCAGUUUCACCGAAACUAAUACCAAUGAGGCAGAUUUAACUGCGAAUUACAGACUGGGAUUCAUUUGCAAGAAGGCUUGUUUCCAAACGGGAGAAAUUGGUGACUGUCUUGCAAUGUUACUUUUUUUUCAUUUUCUUUUUUUUUUUUUUAAGGGCUCUCUAAGUAGUUUCCAGAUAGUUAAACUCAGGCUGUAACUAUAAGCCUAAUUGUAUUCUGCUUUCAUAACCUUACCAACUUUAAUGGAAUGGUGAAUAUAUUCUCUUAAGUUUUGAAUCAUGUUAUUGUAAAAUGUUAAUUAUCACUGUAAAAAAAGAAAAAAAAAAAAGCCUUGUAGUCUCUCUGCCAAAUACUAGGGUUUUUUAACACAGAAUUAGAAGAAAAUCAUGCAAAACUUUUGAUUGCCUCUUUGUUUGCUGAUAUCUGUUGCUCUGGAACUAUAGCACUUAUGUCUAUUCUCCUGUAAAGGUGUGGGUCUUUCUUUUCUGGAGUGGUCUAUAACAAAUACAUGUAUCUGUAGAGAGAUAUUGGGAAUAUGGAUGUUCCUUUUCCUGAACCUUUUCAUCAGUCUGUAACAAAAUUGUUUAAACCAGUGGAAGUAAUUGGGACCUAAAUAUAUCUGCUGUUUCCACAGCGUGUGUCUGUUGGUACUGAGAGGCCUGUACCUCCCAGAGUCCAACUGUGGCCCUUCAUAUUUCAGUUAUACAAACUAGAAUGGGGCUAGUGUGAAGGAGAAAGAUGAAAAAAUGUCCGUCCUCAUGCAGACAACUGGUAGCUGCACAAUUUCCCACAUGAACUGCUCUUAUUCUCCAGAUAUAAUGCUUCCCCUCAGAUCCCAGUCAAAGGCAAAUGAAUAUAGUUUCUGGAGUCAGGUCUGUCCUUCCAGUGUCUCACAGAGAAACAGGGGAAGAGAAGGUUGUGGACACUUUGAAGAGGCUUCUGAAGGGAAUACAGAUGGUUAAGGGUAAAAGCAAUAUGCACCACUCGUCAAUGAAGGCUUCUGAAGGGAAUACAGAUGGUUAAGGGUAAAAGCAAUAUGCACCACUCGUCAAUGAAGGCACCAGAAAAAUCUAAAGACUUUGGAACCCAAUUUCAUCAUAUCUUGAGACAAUCAAAAUGAAAAGAUAUUAUCAGAGUAAUUUUGAUGAAGGUCUUAUUUUCCCUGUUAAUUACAAAAUCAUUUUUAUAUUUUGUUACUUUUGCAAACAGAUAAUAUAACAGCUUUGGAUCUCACAUACCAAAUCAGUACAAUAUGUCUUUAUUAUACAGAACAUGAAUUGACUGGAAAUCAACAUUUACUAAAAUACAAUGUUCUCUCCAAUAUAAUGGUUUCUGUCAUUUCUGUCAUUUAUAUAAAUAGGAGCACGUAAAACACUUCAGUUAAAAUAAUUCCUCACAUAAUGUGUGACAUCAGGACUGGGGCAUAUUAAGUGACUGAAAAACAAGUAAAAUGUAGAUGAACAAGAAGUUUAUAUAAUGCCUAUCAUACAUGUAAUAAGCAUGUUUAGCACACGACAUAGAAAAGUAUUCUAAUAUUAAGUGAAUAAGGGAUUCACCAUAAUCAAUGUGUGUAAUGGAAGGAAUGUGACACAUUUCUCAGGCAACCAGACAGAAAAAUCAUGCAAUAUUAAGCUCUUGUACUAGCCUUUGUACAGCAUUUUUCUAUUCUAAAAUAUGAAAUGCUUCUCUUUCAUGGAAACAGCUACAAAAUUUGUCUUGAUCCACACUUGGGUUCUACAGCAGUAAAACUGCUUCAGUUGGAGGUGUUAUAUUGUAUAGUUGCACUUACCCUAAACAGUUCUUUGAUAAUCUCUUGUCAAUACCGUAACAAGCUACCCUUCAUCCCAGAAAGAAAUAAACAAAAUGCCUUUGUAAUCACCAUUAUGCCAGUACAAAAGUAUUCCCAUAAUACUAAACUGUGACUUGAACUCCUGGGUGGGUGAACCUGCUUGAACACCUGCUAGUGGGUGGUAGGCCACUGUGUAGCCUGCAUCUGUAGGCAAGACCUGAUGCUGAGCCUGUGGGAAAGAAGUGUGUUGUGCAAAGACCAGUGCUGAUUUCAUGAUUAAUGUAUACAAGUGAUUUGGUUGAUAGGUAAUUUUCAUCAAAGACUUGAAACUACUUUUAUCAUAGUGCUCCAAGAUAUCUUAACACAGCAUGUUAAUUUUCAUGUGUUUUCUCUAUUUAGGCUAUUUAGAUGUAUUCCCUGUGUUACGCACUCAUUCCACACGAAUUAAGUUUGACCAUUUUUUCUUCUGUGGAGGUAGACUCAAAUUCUGCUCACAGAGGUUUUGAAGAUUAAAAAUCUGUAUGUAAUAAAACCUGACUAUUUUAGCUCACUGUAAACAGUUUCACUUUUGAAUAGAGCAGCCUAGAGGCCUCUUCCCUAAUCCAUGAAGACACUUCUGUGACAGUUCUGACCCUUGUGGUGUUAUACACAGCAAAAGGUGCCUGUCUUUACCUUCUGAAGAGCUACUCUGAGGGAAUGGGUGUAGUCUCUGAAAGCAUUUUGUUCAUCUUCACUCAAAGUUUUUGUAGAGUACCCAAAAUGGAUGAUGGUUUUAGGGGAGAAUUAUAAAAACUAUUGUAAAAGGGAAGGUAGCUACUGUUAACUUAUCCAGAGGAAAAUUACCCCACAAAACCAAAAAGACCAAAGAACACAAACAUUUAAAUAGAUGGACAAGUCUUAAAGAAAUCUAUAAAUGACAAUGUUGAUCUAUUGCAAUUAUCUAUGCUACAUUAGUUGUAGAACUGAUUAGUUAAUUCCAGGGAACAUUUACACAUCUAUGAAGUACAGAAGUGUCUGAGGGCAGGAUCAGGUGUGCACUGAUUCUGCCACAGGACUUCACUUUGCUGGUACACGCACAGAAGCCAUUGUUGUCAUUAAUACAUGGCUAUAAAAAGACUAAUGACCUGUUAAAGUCUGGGAGUUUAGCACCUUGGUUUCUGAGUCAAAGAAUUAGGACCCAAGAACUCCUGAUUUUCAGCUUUUCUGGUUCUCCACUUACUGCCUUGUGGAAUGACAGCUGUGUUCUCUGCCUUGUCUCCUGUUGCUGGAAAAGGGGAUGUUUUUCUUCCUACCUCACAGGGAUGUUGUGAGGAAUAAGAAGCUAAGGUCUGUGCAAGAGGUUAUUUGUUUCUCUCCAUCUUGGGGAUCACACUUGAUCAAGAGUGUGGAAGAGUACUUGAAGAAUGUCAUAUGUGCUGUACAUUUGAGUUCUGUGUCUUAUUUGUGUCAGUGUUAAUGCAAGAGAGCAAAAGUACAUGGUGCUGAACAUUGGGGAUAAAAGGAGAACAGGCUCUCUCCGUAUACGGCAAUGAUGCUGUAGCAACAGGAGACAAGAUAUGUAUGUCACACAUGAAUUUUUGUAUCUUGAGGACAAAAGAUUGUGUUAAAAUAGUGGUAUUGUUAUGAAAAUGUCAUGAGUUCGCACAAGAUAAUUGCAACAAGCUUUGAAUCCACUUCUGAAAUGAAUUUGUUAAGCAAAAUAAAAAUUAAAGCACUCCUAAGUAUUUCCCUCUCUGUGGGCACAAGUGUGGUUCACAGGUAAGGUAUACUCUGAGCAGCAGUUGCAAUAGUUGGCAUUGCAGGGAUUAAGGUUUAUAGGGACUGAAAUCAUUCCCUGCUUGACAGCACUUCACAAACAAGGACGGCUAAUAGUCUUUGUUCUGAAGCAGAUGAUGAUUCUACUAUAUUAUCACACUGGACUCCACUUUAUAUUUUAUUGAUUUUUUCUCCCUGAAAAAGGAAAAAAAAUGUAGAAAACAUAGCUGUGCUGUAAACUCUGCAAACUAAACAUCAAAGUCCUUUCUAUGUAUUUGCAAAACAAUCAAUAAAGUUAAGUUUUAAAAUCGCAA